UAUGUCGUUAGAAAUUCGAAAAUAUUUUUUUAGGUCGAAUCCAAAAUUUGAGGUUACAAUAAUGUGUUGCUAGGAUAAAUUGGCAUGGCAACGCCCAUCCAAAGAGGCAUCAUUGGUAUUCCAGAUGGCCCGAAGAUUGCAAUGGAAGCGGUUGGCUCAGACUCUUGACCGGUUUCACCAGGCUGCCUUUAGUCCAAAGUAUCUCCUUUACACCAACAUUGGCGUCUCCGUUGGCUUGAGCAUGGUGGGCGAUACCAUGGAGCAGUCAUACGAACGCUUUAUAGGGGAACUGCCGGAAUGGAACCGUAUACGAACUGUGCGUAUGGGCAUUUCCGGGUUUACGGUAGGAUUGGUAUGCCACUAUUGGUACCAAUACCUGGACUACCUGUACCCCCAUCGCACCUAUAAGGUGGUCAUAAUCAAGAUCCUAUUGGAUCAGCUCAUCUGCUCGCCCUUCUACAUCGCCGUGUUUUUUCUUACCAUGGCCAUUCUGGAGGACAAUACGUGGGAGGAGCUAAAGCAGGAGAUCAAGGAUAAGGCCCUUAUCCUAUACGCGGCCGAAUGGACAGUGUGGCCUUUGGCGCAGUUCAUAAACUUCCUGCUGAUAAGACCGCAGUACAGGGUGUUCUACGACAACACCAUUAGUCUGGGAUACGACAUCUAUACUUCCCAGGUAAAAUAUCGCAAGAAGCCGGAGCCCAAAACCGAGUAAUAUUUUAAGGAAUAUAUUUUGUAUCUUAUUUUAAAGCUAGGCGCCAAAUCCAAAAAUCAUUAUACAAGUUUUGU